GCCGCCAUCUUGCUUCUUUUUCUCGCUCGCUAUCUCCCUCUCGAGAAGCAGCGAAAGUGCUUUGGCGGUUUGUCCAUCCGCAGCUUCGGCUUUCCGGGUUCGGUGGUCCUUCCAGCCACCCCCUCCCCUUCGCCUCCCCUCCCCCUUCCCCCGAUCAGAGCUCGGCGGGGCCCCUCGAAGUGCGCCAGCGCACUCAGCUUGACACUCACCCUGAAAGACCGCUUUUAAGGAGUGUGGCAGGAGGUUCCGGACUCGAUGAGUUUCCACCGAAAUGUCGGAGAAGUCAGGCCAGAGCACAAAAGCAAAGGAUGGGAAAAAGUAUGCGACACUCAGUUUAUUUAAUACUUACAAGGGUAAAUCAUUAGAAACUCAGAAAACCACAGCUCGGCAUGGAUUACAGAGUCUUGGAAAAGUCGGUAUUUCACGGCGUAUGCCUCCACCUGCUAAUCUCCCAAGUCUCAAAGCAGAAAACAAAGGCAAUGAUCCUAAUGUGAACAUUGUACCUAAAGAUGGCACAGGAUGGGCAUCAAAACAAGAGCAGCAUGAAGAAGAAAAAACACCAGAAGUUCCACCAGCACAACCAAAACCUGGGGUUGCAGCUCCCCCAGAAGUAGCACCUGCUCCCAAAUCAUGGGCCAGUAACAAGCAAGGUGGGCAAGGAGAUGGAAUCCAGGUGAAUAGUCAUUUUCAGCAAGAAUUUCCCAGCCUGCAGGCAGCUGGGGAUCAGGAAAAAAAAGAAAAAGAAGCAAAUGAUGACAACUAUGGACCUGGACCCAGUUUACGCCCACCAAAUGUUGCUUGUUGGAGAGAUGGUGGUAAGUCUGCUGGUACACCUGUAACAUCUGACCAAGAUGAAAAGCCUGGCCAGGAUGAAAGCACAGCUGGAACAUCAGAGCAAAAUGAUAUCCUCAAAGUGGUGGAAAAGAGGAUAGCUUGUGGUCCUCCACAGGCUAAACUGAAUGGACAGCAGCCUGCCCUAGCUUCCCAAUACAGAGCUGUGAUGCCUCCUUAUAUGUUUCAGCAGUAUCCAAGGAUGGCCUAUCCUCCUCUGCAUGGUCCCAUGAGGUUUCCGCCUUCUUUAUCUGAAACAAACAAAAGCCUUCGAGGAAGAGGCCCACCUCCUUCAUGGGCCUCUGAGCCUGAACGCCCCUCCAUCCUUAGUGCAUCAGAGCUUAAGGAGCUUGAUAAAUUUGAUAACCUAGAUGCUGAAGCUGAUGAAGGUUGGGCAGGUGCUCAGAUGGAGGUAGAUUAUACGGAACAGCUGAAUUUCAGUGAUGACGAUGAGCAGGGAAGUAGUAGUCCGAAAGAAAACAGCAGUGAGGAUCAAGGUUCAAAAGCCUCUGAAAACACUGAAAACCGAAAAGAAGCAGAUGAAGUUUGCAACACUAAGUCAUCUUCUCAGAUACCUGCCCAGCCAUCAGUAGCAAAAGGUCCCUAUGGGAAAGGACCUUCAUUUAAUCAGGAUCGUGGGCCGUCCUCACACUUGCCACCACCUCCAAAGUUGCUUGCGCAGCAGCAUCCUCCCCCAGACCGACAGGCAGUACCUGGAAGACCAGGCCCUUUCCCCCCGAAGCAGCAAGUCCCGGAUGAAGAUGAAAUAUGGAAGCAAAGAAGAAGACAACAGUCAGAACUCUCCGCAGCAGUGGAACGUGCGCGUAAGCGACGUGAGGAGGAGGAGCGAAGGAUGGAAGAGCAGAGGAAAGCAGCUUGUGCGGAGAAACUGAAGCGACUGGAUGAAAAGCUGGGCAUAGUGGACAAACAGCCAACUCCAGAGGAAAUUAGAGAAAGAGAGCGAGAGAAAGAGCGGGAGCGGGAGAAAGAACUCGAAAAAGAACAAGAACGGGAGCGAGAGAAGGAGAGGGAAAAAGAAAGGGAAAGACAGCGGGAGAAGGAAAAAGAACUGGAACAAGAGCAGGAAAAACAAAGAGAAAUGGAGAAGGAAAGAAAGCAAGAAAAAGAGAAAGAACUAGAACGGCAGCAGGAAAAGGAAAACGACCUGCAGAAGAUGCAGGAACAGGAAAAGGAGUGUGAGUUGGAGAAGAAAGAAAGGGAGAAAGUGGAGGAAAAAAUUGAACACAAAGAACCUACUUUAGAGCCUGUGGCAGAAAAAUCAGAUGGUGACAACAGCUGUAGUAAAGAGGAUGACCCAGUUUUCACUAGACAAGACAGCAAUCGCAGUGAAAAAGAGACCACACAAGCAGCACAUGAAACAGAACCAGAGUCAGGGUCUCAGCCUCGGCCUGCUGUAUUAUCUGGCUAUUUUAAACAGUUUCAGAAGUCUUUACCACCAAGAUUCCAGCGGCAGCAGGAACAGAUGAAGCAGCAGCAGUGGCAGCAGCAGCAGCAGCAGCAAGGUGUGCUUCCCCAGACAGUUCCUUCCCAACCAUCCAGUGGCGCUGUCCCCCCGCCACCGCACAGACCUCUUUACCAGCCCAUGCAGCCCCACCCUCAGCAUCUGGCGUCCAUGGGUUUUGAUCCAAGGUGGCUCAUGAUGCAGUCCUACAUGGAUCCUCGAAUGAUAUCAGGCAGACCUGCAAUGGAUAUCCCACCCAUUCAUCCUGGAAUGAUUCCUCCUAAGCCGUUAAUGAGAAGAGACCAGAUAGAAGGGUCACCAAACAAUUCUGAGUCAUUUGAGCAUAUAGCUCGAUCCGCAAGAGAUCAUGCAAUUUCCCUUUCUGAGCCUCGUGUGAUGUGGGGGUCAGAUCCCUACCCUCACACUGAGCCUCAGCAGGCCACCACUCCCAAGGCAACGGAAGAACCUGAGGAUGGAAGGCCUGAAGCCCCAUUGGAUCAGGAACAGAUUACUGCUGCUUAUCCUGUAGAACAUAGUCAGUUAGAGGCUCACCCAAAAGCAGACUUUGUCAGAGAGUCAAGUGAGACAGAAGUACAUAAGUUUUUAAGCAGAUCGGUAGAAGACAUUAGACCUCACCAUACUGACACACAUAAUCAGCCUGCUUGUUUUGAUGUACCUGAUCUGAAGUCUGUAUCCACUCCUCAAGAAGAGCGAAGUUUAGCUGGAGAGAGUCAGCCUGCCCGGAAAAGAAGUGUUUCCCAUGGAUCAAACCAUACUCAGAAAUCAGAGGAGCAGAGAAAUGAGCCAUCUGCAAGCAUCCCUAAAGGAGCCAGCAGAUCCAUUGAUUCAAGAGAACCAGCAGAAAGGCCAGAGGAAAAACCCAAAAAAGAGGGCUUUCUGCGUUCUUCCGAAGGACCAAAACCUGAAAAAGUGUAUAAAUCAAAAUCAGAAACUCGUUGGGGCCCAAGGCCGAGCUCCAACAGAAGAGAAGAUGGUAAUGAUAGGCCUGUGAGGAGGUCAGGUCCUAUUAAGAAACCUAUACUUAGAGAUAUGAAAGAAGAACGAGAGCAAAGGAAGGAGAAAGAAGGAGAAAAGGGAGAAAAGGUCACUGAAAAAAUUGUAAAACCUGAAAAGACAGAAAAGAAAGAACCUCUUCCUCCACCCCCGCCACCUGCAGCACCAGCUCAGCCGCAGUCGGUUCCGCCACCACCUCCGCCUCCACCAGAGCCAGAGAAACUUCCUUCAGUAGAAACUUCAACUUCAGCUUUGGCGCAAAAGCCACCUCAAGAUACUGAGAAGCCUUUGGAACCUACAAGCAGUGUUGAGGUAGAGCCUGCAGCCAAAACUGUAAACCAGCAAACCGUCACAACACCAGCAGUUAAAGAAGAAAAACAACCUGAGAAAGUCAUCAGCAAAGAUCUUGUUACAGAGAGGCCUCGACCAGAUUCAAGACCAGCAGUUAAAAAAGAAUCAACUUUACCUCCUAGGACCUAUUGGAAAGACCCCAGAGAUAGAGAUUGGUUUCCAGAUCAAGGAUACAGAGGUCGAGGCCGAGGUGAAUAUUACUCUAGAGGGCGAAGCUAUAGAGGCUCUUACGGAGGGCGUGGCCGAGGAGGCAGAGGGCACACUCGAGAUUAUCCUCCUUACAGAGACAAUAAGCCACGAACAGAGCACGUGCCCUCAGGACCUCUCAGACAGCGAGAAGAAAGUGAGACACGAAGCGAGAGCUCCGAUUUUGAAGUCGUUCCCAAGAGGAGAAGACAGCGAGGUUCAGAGACUGACACAGACAGUGAAAUUCAUGAAAGUGCAAGUGACAAGGAUAGUUUAAGCAAAGGGAAACUUCCCAAAAAAGAGGAGCGGUCUGAAAACAAAAAACCUAUAAAGCCUCAAUCUUCUUUCAAGCCUGAAAAUCAUGUCCGAAUAGAUAAUAAUAGACCUCUGGAAAAACCUUACAUAAGGGAUGAUGAUAAGUCUAAACCAGGUUUCCUUCCUAAAGGAGAGCCUACAAGGCGAGGCAGAGGGGGCACUUUCAGACGUGGUGGAAGGGACCCUGGAGGUCGCCCAUCACGCCCUUCCACCUUACGGAGACCUGCUUAUCGGGACAAUCAGUGGAACCCAAGGCAGGCAGAGGCUCCUAAGCCAGAUGAUGGAGAGCCACCAAGAAGACAUGAGCAGUUUAUUCCGUUACCAGCGGAUAAACGGCCUCCAAAAUUUGAGCGAAAAUUUGACCCAGCUAGAGAGAGGCCCCGAAGGCAGCGUCCUACCCGACCACCAAGACAGGAUAAGCCUCCUAGAUUUAGACGGCUAAGAGAGAGGGAAGCCGCUUCAAAAACCAAUGAGGUGGCAGUGCCCACAAAUGGCACAGUUAAUAAUGUCGUUCAAGAACCAGUUAAUACUGCUGGGGAUGUUUCUGGGAAUAAGACACCAGACUUGUCUAAUCAGAACUCUUCAGAUCAGGCAAAUGAAGAAUGGGAAACGGCUUCUGAAAGCAGUGAUUUCAACGAGAGGCGUGAAAGGGAUGAAAAAAAAAAUGCUGAUUUGAAUGCACAAGCAGUUGUAAAGACCGGAGAGAAUGUUUUACCUCCAAAAAGGGAGAUUGCAAAGAGAAGUUUUUCUAGUCAAAGACCUGGUGUUGAUCGCCAGAAUCGGCGUGGCAACAGUGGCCCACCCAAAUCUGGAAGGAAUUUUUCAGGUCCUAGGAAUGAAAGGAGAAGUGGCCCACCAUCAAAAAGUGGCAAGCGAGGACCAUUUGAUGACCAGUCGGCAGGCACAGCUGGUGCUGAUCCUGUCAAUGGCACCUCUGCACACCACCAGGAAGGAGCACCUAAUGGUACAGGACAAAAGAACUCCAAAGACUCUACGGGGAAAAAAAGAGAAGACCCCAAACCAGGCCCUAAAAAACCCAAAGAGAAAGUGGAUGCACUAUCACAGUUUGAUCUCAACAAUUAUGCAAGUGUUGUUAUAAUUGAUGACCACCCUGAAGUAACAGUAGUUGAAGACCCCCAGUCGAAUUUGAAUGAUGAUGGUUUUACUGAAGUGGUAUCCAAAAAACAACAGAAACGUUUACAGGAUGAGGAACGCCGAAAGAAGGAAGAACAAAUCAUACAGGUCUGGAAUAAAAAGAAUGCAAACGAAAAAGGAAGAAGUCAGACUUCUAAGCUUCCGCCAAGAUUUGCCAAAAAGCAGGCGACAGGGACCCAGCAAGCACAAUCUCCAGCCUCAGCUCUGGCCCCAGCUCCCUGCCCAGGUGUGGCGUCGGCCUCAGCUCCAGCCACGACCUCGGCCCCGCUGGCCGGCUCAGCCCCAGCUCCCGUUCUGGCGUCGCCGUCAGCUCCGCUCCCAGCCCCAGCCGCAGUUCCAGUCCUGACCUCCUCAUCAGCUUCACUCCCAGCCUUAGCCUCAGCCUCAGCCUCAGCGCCAGUCCCAGCCUCCACCUCAGCCACGACCACAGCCUCUUCUUUGUCAGCUCCACCUCCAACCCCGGUCCUUGCCUCAGCUUCAUCCCCAGCUUCUGUCCCCAUCCUUGCCUCAGCCUCACUUCCCAUCCUUGCCUCAGCCCUAACACCUGUUUCCGCCCCAACUGCCCCCACCUCAGCCCCGACUGCCCCUGCCCCGCUGCCAUUAAAAGAAAGGAUUAAGUGGAUUAAGGAUUAUUGUCCUGUAAACUUUAAUGCCUCACUCCCAGCCCCAGCCCCAACCUCAACCUCUGCUUUAGUCCAAGUCCCAGUCCCAGCCCCCACAACCCCAGCCCAGAGUCAGGGACAGACUCACAAACCAGUCCAGAGUCCACUGCAGGCUACACCAGCAUCUUCAAAACAGCCGCCACCUUCAAUUAGACUACCUUCAGCCCAGACACCCAAUGGCACAGAUUAUGUAGCCCCAGGAAAACCCCUCCAGGCCUCCCAGUCACAUGGCCCGCUUACGAAUGAAUUAUGGGACAAUAAAGUGGCCGCACCAGCUGUGCUGAAUGACAUCUCUAAGAAAUGUAAGUGUGGAGCAAAGAAUAGUCAAGAAAGUGGAGUUGACAUUGGAAUUGACACAAUUCAGUUUGGUGCUCCAGCUUCAAAUGGGAACGGAAAUGAAAUUGUUCCCGUGCUUUCGGAAAAACCUACUGACAAAACGUCUGAACCCAAAGAACAACGGCAGAAGCAGCCACGGGCCGGCCCCAUCAAAGCCCAGAAGCUUCCAGAUUUGAGUCCAGUAGAAAACAAAGAACAUAAACCUGGUCCUAUUGGAAAGGAACGUUCAUUAAAAAAUAGAAAAGUGAAAGAUGCCCAACAGGUAGAGCCGGAAGGACAAGAAAAACCAAGCCCUGCUACAGCCAGAAGUACAGAUCCUGUGACGACAAAGGAAACCAAAGCAGUUUCAGAAAUGUCUACCGAAAUAGGAACAAUGAUCUCAGUGUCAUCCACGGAAUAUGGCACUAACGUGAAGGAGUCUGUAACAGACUAUACUACACCUUCUUCUUCUCUGCCUAACUCUGUGGCUACUAAUAACGCAAAGAUGGAGGAUACUUUGGUUAAUAAUGUGCCCCUGCCCAACACCCUCCCCCUCCCUAAGAGGGAGACUAUACCACAGAGCUCCAGCCUAACUUCAGUUCCUCCCACUACUUUCAGCCUCACCUUUAAGAUGGAGUCUGCGCGUAAGGCAUGGGAGAAUUCUCCAAACGUAAGGGAAAAGGGAUCCCCAGUAACUUCCACAGCACCUCCAAUUGCAAGUGGAGUCAGCAGUAGUGCCAGUGGACCAAGCACUGCUAAUUACAGUUCGUUCUCAAGUGCAUCAAUGCCUCAGAUUCCUGUUGCUUCAGUCACUCCCACAACAUCACUAUCAGGAGCUGGUACAUAUACUACCUCUUCUUUGAGUACAAAAUCUACAACCACAUCAGACCCUCCUAAUAUUUGUAAAGUGAAACCCCAGCAAUUACAGACGAGCAGCCUGCCUUCUGCAAGUCAUUUUUCACAGUUAAGCUGUAUGCCUUCUCUUAUUGCACAGCAGCAACAGAGUCCACAAGUCUACGUGUCUCAGUCUGCAGCCGCUCAAAUCCCAGCUUUCUACAUGGACACAAGUCAUUUAUUCAAUACGCAACAUGCACGAUUGGCCCCACCAUCCCUGGCUCAGCAACAAGGCUUCCAGCCAGGUCUCUCCCAGCCAGCUUCAGUUCAGCAGAUUCCGAUCCCUAUUUAUGCUCCACUGCAAGGACAGCAUCAAGCCCAGCUGAGUCUGGGUGCUGGACCUGCUGUGUCCCAGGCUCAGGAACUAUUCAGUUCUUCACUUCAGCCAUACAGAUCUCAGCCAGCUUUUAUGCAAAGCAGUCUAUCCCAGCCAUCUGUGGUCCUUUCUGGUACUGCCAUCCAUAACUUUCCAGCUGUCCAACACCAGGAACUUGCCAAGGCACAGUCGGGUCUUGCCUUUCAACAAACUUCAAAUACUCAGCCUAUUCCUAUAUUGUAUGAACAUCAGCUGGGCCAGGCGUCAGGACUCGGAGGUUCCCAGCUCAUCGAUACACAUCUUCUCCAGGCUAGAGCGAAUCUUACCCAGGCUUCAAAUCUUUAUUCUGGACAAGUUCAACAGCCUGGUCAGACAAAUUUUUAUAACACUGCCCAGUCACCGAGUGCUCUCCAGCAGGUUACAGUACCUUUACCAGCAUCCCAGCUGUCCCUGCCUAAUUUUGGAUCUACGGGGCAGCCUUUAAUUGCUCUGCCUCAGACUCUUCAGCCCCCGUUACAGCAUACGACCCCGCAAGCACCGGCCCAGAGCCUGAGUCGUCCUGCGCAAGUAAGCCAGCCUUUCAGAGGGCUGAUACCUGCUGGAGCGCAGCACAGCAUGAUCGCGACCACAGGGAAAAUGUCUGAAAUGGAACUAAAAGCGUUUGGAAGUGGCAUUGACAUAAAACCAGGCACACCUCCAAUCAGCGGUAGAAGCACCACACCAACAUCUAGUCCCUUCCGGGCUACUUCCACAAGUCCGAACAGCCAGUCCAGCAAAAUGAACAGCAUUGUCUAUCAGAAGCAGUUCCAGUCAGCCCCUGCCACUGUGAGAAUGACCCAGCCAUUUCCUACACAGUUUGCACCCCAGGCAAAGCAGAGAGCAGAGGUUCUUCAGUCCACGCAACGGUUCUUCUCUGAACAGCAACAGAGCAAACAGAUAGGAGGCAAAGCCCAGAAAGCGGACAGUGAUUCAAGUAAACCUCCUGAAACACUGACUGACCCUCCCGGUGUCUGUCAAGAAAAAGUGGAAGAAAAGCCACCCCCCGCACCCACCAUGGCCACCAAACCUGUUAGAACUGGACCAAUCAAACCUCAGGCGAUCAAAACCGAAGAAACAAAAUCUUAAAGGCUGUGGUUCAUUGCAGGGGGCUGGGGGAGGGGAGGGGGAAAGAGGGAGAAUGAAGUCAGACCAUGCCGGCAGCCAAAGGGGUAAAAUGGUCUCUGGCGUUAUCCUGUCCAGAACUCAGAGGUGCACGAGGAACACAGGAGCAAUUUACACUGACACACAGCCGCUGCACCGGGAAAACAAGGCUUUGCCCGCUUGCACCUACUGUGUAACACGCACUCUGCUGACGGCCAUACACCUUCAGUCAGAAUUUAUAUACAGAUAUGUGCACAUAUUUCUUGAGCGCAUAUAAUUUAGAACUAAAAUUCUUACGCUAGAUAAAACACGAGAAAUACGAGGGAAGUAACACUGCAGAGGAAUAGCUCAGCCUGAACAAUGUGAUGGUCCUAGCUAAGACAUCAGAUGCAGUGUCUUUGCUCCCUUAUGUUCUUUGGAUGUGGUUAUAGCAUUUAUAGGCUUGGUGGUGAAGAACAGAAGAUACUUGGUGCUGGAUAGAGGAGCCUUAUUUUUUAUUAUGGCAGCUUGCUAUUUUUGUAACAUGAUGAUUGAGUUGAACACAAUCAAAGUACAGUAACUGAUCUUCCCUUCUUCCUGGACGAGUGAGCAGAUGAUGAAAUACUGAUGUCGGCAUCCUUGAGCAUAUCCAAGUGGGCAGAGUUUGGCUACGGCUUCUGUUUGAAAUGAUGCUGUGUUUGGAUUGUGGCCCGAAGCUUUGAAGUGAUGCUCGGCAUCUCCUUUCUUCCAUGGAGCUCUUACCAUUCAGACAUGACAGAGCUGGUAAAAUACUAGUUAGGCUGAGUCUUGCUUGCCUCUACUCAGUCAUCUUUGUAUGAAUCCAGUGGGGUUUUUUGUUGUUGUUGUUGUUGUUGUUGUUUUUCAAACGGUUUUUAGCUGAUGUUCAUGAAGAGCAGUGAGUACCUAGAACUGUGCCACUAAAGAAAGGAAAUCCUGUCUAAGAAGGUGCAUCUCUGUGCCAGAGCUGUGUCGUAACCAUCCUUUGGGCCCUCUGCUGGAACAGUAGAAUCAAAUAUCGAAUAAUGCCUUUUUAAUUAUAUCCUCUAGUAUUAUAGACGUAGGACAGUCCUGUAUCAUACCUCUGUGAAUGUAAGAUACCUUGUACCUGCUUUAUGAUACGUAGUAGUGACCGUGCUUUAUCAGAGCUGUUUUUAAUGACGUUAUUCUAGAAUGUUUUCUUUCCAGAUGAUGAUUGAAAAGCUAAUUAAAAAAAAAAUGGUGCCAGGUACCACGACA